AUGGAAGAGCUUAAAACAGAUUACUCGGAUAAUAGGCUAUUGAGGCCGCCAGUAAAUAACAAUUAAGGUGGCAGACACUAAGGUGUAACAAGUGAAGAUUUACUAGAUGACAGAUAUGAGCACUAAGGAUCAGCAGAAUAUGUAGCAUAAUUGACCUUAACCUAAUCAUUUAUCUUGUCAGAGAAUAUUGGAUGUAUAGAGGAUAAGGUCUUCAAGCUUACAUCUUCCUUGAAUGAAUACUUCAGUGAUAAUUAACCAGCAAAGCAUGUAUUUAUGAUCUUUUGUGGUCUGUUAAUGGACAUCAUGGUACUGGCUUAAUUUUACAGAUUUGCUAUGUAUGGUACUACUUGGCGCUUUCCUAUCGCUCUUCUAAUGUUCUACAUUUUAAGAGCUUUGAUGCAAUUCUCUCUUAUGAUAUGCCUAAGAGGGCACUAUAUGAUUGAUCUAGUAUCAGGAAUAGUGUUUGCUCAUUAUUUCUGGCUUCUUUCAGAGAGGUACUCUUAUCUCGUUGAUGUGAAGCUAUUCAAAAUUCCUUUCCAUAAAAGAUUCCCAAUGUUCACUAGAUCAUGCCCUAAAUGCCAACAUCCAAUGGAGCUAUGGUCUGAUCCACACUCUAAUGAGAACUAUACAGAGAUAGAGAGGCAUCACCUGCUUAUAAAUAGUCCAUAAAAAAAUCAAAAAAAUGUUCCCUACUCCAUUAUUUUAAAAUUAAACUGUAAUAAAAAUAUGAGCCUCAAAAAAAUAAUAUUUACCUCAGUCACCCUGCCUUUAGCUUAUUAAACUUUUUGGGCUUAUAAUUGGCAGAAGGGAAGGAAAAUUGAGAAAAUUCAAUAGAUAAAGGAAAGGGAGUAGAAGUUAGUUUAGCCUCUUGUAGAUUUUAAACUCAGUGAUCUUCCUAAUGAAGUUAUUUAAUCAAAAACUGAAUUCGAGAAGAUUUGGCUAUAUAGGCCUGUCAGAAUUAAGGGCAUUAUAGAUAAUGAGAAAGAAAUAUACAUUUAAAGGCCAUAGAGUGGUGAAAAAGGCGUCGAGGUGGUAGCUCCUUUGUAUGAAUCAGUCAAUGAUAAAGGAGAACUUUAGGGAAUUAUGGUUGAUCGAGGUUGGAUUAAGGAAUAACUAAAGGAUCUUAAGAUUCAUUGGAAUUCUACUGAAAAUUCAGAAUAAAUAAUUGAAGGAGUUAUAAUGAGAGGAGAGGGGAAGUGUUAAACUGGAAAGGAAGAUGAUGAAAAGAAUAAGAUAAGAAUUGACCUUGAGGAAUUUGUGAAAAACACUGAGUUUGGUAAUAAAGAUGUAGCAAAGCAGAUUAUGAUAAGAGAGGUAAACUUUAAUGAGAACACCACUGAACAGAGAACAUCUCUUAAAAGAUAGACUCCUGCAGAUUUAUGCUAUUGGUAUGUAACACCUGAAAGACAUUAAGCUUAUAGUACAUUCUGGCUAUAUGCCACAGGGUUGAAUUUAUUUGCAAAUGCAGUUAUUUGGGCUUAUUUAUGA